AUGGUGUCCUUCUCCAAGCUAGCCCUGGGCCUGGCUGCUCUUUCCAGUGUCCGUGCGGCCCCCAGUGAGCUGUCUAAGCGUCAGACGAUCACUACCAGCCAGACUGGCACUAACAACGGCUACUACUAUUCCUUCUGGACCAAUGGAGAUGGCACUGUCGACUACACCAACGGCGCGGGUGGUGAAUACAGCGUCACUUGGUCCAACGCCAACGGCGGUGACUUUACCUGUGGAAAGGGCUGGAAUCCAGGCAGUGCUCAGGACAUCACAUUUUCCGGUACUUUCAGUCCGGAUGGAAAUGCCUAUCUGGCCGUCUAUGGCUGGACCACUAGCCCCCUGAUUGAAUACUACAUCAUGGAAAGCUACGGAGACUACGACCCGGGCUCUAGCAUGACUCACAUGGGAACUGUGUCCAGUGACGGUGGCACGUACGACAUCUACACCCACCAACAAGUCGACCAGCCCUCAAUCAGCGGCACGGCCACCUUCAACCAGUACUGGUCGAUCCGUCAGAGCAAGCGAUCCAGCGGGACCGUCACCACAGCGAACCACUUCAAUGCCUGGGCAGCUCUGGGCAUGGAUCUGGGGACUUUUAACUAUCAAAUCGUCUCGACAGAGGGAUAUGAGAGUAGUGGAUCCUCGACCAUUACAGUUUCGUAG